AGAUUACUUGUCCAUUCGCCCCUCCUUCAAUUCUUUCUCAAGAUUUGAUGUUCUAACCUAGCUCUUUCUCCACGUACAGGUAGGGAUAGGUACCUAGCAUACCUGGCAAGUACAAUACAUACCACCAUAUUCUAGUGGGUCGUAUGUGAGCUGUGGGUUUUGUGGCUGCAUUUUUCUUGCGCCGUACUUGAUUUUUGGCCUGUGAUUGACGAGAUUUUCCUUUCUUCCGUGGCGUGAGUGAGCCUUGAUUUACAAGUUACAACUAUAUUUUCCAUCCUUCUUCAUACUUGAAAGAUGACGCUCAUAUCUGCUUUUAUGCUAGAUUGUUAAUGGCUAUUCUCUCAGCCAACUAGCCAGAGCCUUUUUCUAAAGAGGAAAACUUGCUUCACUGCUUUAUCAUCCGCGCUCUAUCAGCAUCGUCCAUUCGUUUACAGCUCCAUUUCUCUGGAACGUAUCGUGUUGAGAUUUCGCGAAAGACUGCGCGCGACUUGACUACUAGCUCCUUAUUCCCGCCACCAAAACCGACAGUGUGGCAUAUGGAUUAGGUACCAUCACGAAAUCUCCCCUUCGAUCUAUUUUUUCUCCCAGCAUAUCCGAAUAUUCCUAAUUACCAACUACUACAUCCCGCGCUUCCACAGCCAUGGCCGACAGCACUCCUGCCGAGGAGGCACCUCCUUCUACUGUUGCGCAAAAGAAGGACCAUAAAGAGAAAGAACUCUACCCUAUGUCGGCAUGGAAGUACGAUGCCUUCCUGCACACCUUUUCUGUCUUGGUAGACUUGUUCUUCCGGGAGGUCCACCCGAGAGGCGCAUGGCGAGUUCCUCGGACCGGUCCUAUCCUUUUCGUCGCGGCUCCUCAUGCAAAUCAGUUCGUCGAUGGCCUGGUUUUGCAACGAACACUAAAAAACGAGGCACAACGACGCGUCGGGCUUUUGAUCGCCGAAAAAUCUGUUCAUGGGUUUAUUGGAUGGGGAUCCCGACAGACAGGUUCUGUCCCUGUCGGCCGCGCACAAGAUAAAGCAAAACCCGCCUCAGGCGUCAUCUACCUCCCCGAUCCGAUCAACGACCCGACCUUGGUACGAGGUGUGGGUACUGAUUUUGAGAAGGACGCCGAGGUGGGAGGCAUGAUCUUCCUGCCUUCCACAAAAGGACAGUCAGGUAGCUCAAUCGAUAUAUCCAAGAUCAUUGGCCCUGAGGAGGUUCGAAUUAAGCGUCCAUUCAAGGGAAAGGUCCCCCUACAACAGCUUACCGGUCGGGAUGAUAUCGACGAGAAUGGAAACUUUACCAACAAGGAACUAACAGGCCCAAAAGAUGGCUACGAGGGCACAAAGUUUAAGCUCGCUCCUCACAUCGAUCAGACGGAGGUUUACAAAGCUGUUUUCAACCGUCUUAGAACGGGUGGUUGUAUUGGAAUCUUCCCCGAAGGUGGUAGCCAUGAUAGAACGGAAUUGCUGCCCCUGAAGGCUGGUGUUGCUAUUAUGGCACUGGGCACCUUGGCUGAAGAUCCCGAUUGCGGCCUACAGAUUGUUCCCGUUGGGAUGAAUUACUUCCACGCACACAAAUUUCGAUCACGGGCAGUUGUCGAGUUUGGGGCGCCCUUCCAAAUACCGAAUGAUAUAGUGGAAAAGUAUAAGAAUAACCAAAGAAGGGAUGCGAUCGGCCAGACUCUGGACAUGGUUCACCAAGCUCUCAGUGCCGUUACGGUGUCAGCUCCGGAUUACGAUACCUUGAUGUGCAUCCAAGCAGCCAGGAGACUCUACAACACCGGAAAGAAGCUACCUUUGCCAAUGGUGGUUGAACUAAAUAGGAGGCUAGCUGUAGGCUUCUCCAAAUACAAGGACGAUCCGCGUAUCAUUGACCUGAUGGACAAUGUGAAGGAUUAUAACAAACAACUUCACUACCUAAACAUCAAGGAUCACCAGGUUUCCUACGCCAAAAUGACCAUUCCUACCGUCAUCUUCACCCUUCUGUAUCGGAUAAUCAAGAUGCUUGUCCUGUCUAUCGGCGUCAUCCCUGGUCUCGUCCUCUUCGCCCCGGUCUUCAUUGCUACCAAGUAUAUCAGUCAUAAGAAAGCGAAAGAAGCACUGGCAGCUUCUUCAGUCAAGAUUCAAGGCCGAGAUGUUAUGGCUACCUGGAAACUGCUCGUAGCUAUGGCCUUCACCCCGGUGCUGUACAAUCUCUAUUCCGUCCUGUUUUGCAUCAAAGUGUACCAAGACCGUUUGUGGGGCCGCGUACCAGAAUGGGUGCCAUUCUGGCUUUUCUUCUUUGGCGGUUGGGUUGUCUUCCCUGCCAUUACCUUUGCCGCGUUACGAUUUGGUGAAGUUGGCAUGGACAUACUCAAGUCACUCAGGCCACUCGUCCUGUGUCUUAGUCCAACAUCUGGCUAUAGUAUUCAUAAGCUACGGGAGCGGAGAGCAGAACUGUCGGACAAAGUAGUCAAGGUCAUCAACGAUCUCGGUCCCGAUAUGUAUGAGGACUUUGAGCAAGCCCGUCUCGUUUCCGACCCGUUCCGCGCAGAUGGCUUGCUCGACCAAGCUGGACUCCCCAAGACGGAACCGACUCCACCAGAUUCACCUCAUUUGUCGAGGAAGAAUACGACGCGGUCGAGCCAGGCAAUUCCCCGGAACGAAUCUUUCAGCAACAUUGGCUCAGUUGGCAUAUUUGCUACGCGGCCGCCUUCUAGGUCCAGGAGUAGAAGUAGCAGCAGCGGCGGUGGUUUUGGAUCAGGAGGAUUUCCGGUCUCUGGCUUCACAGUACUGGAUACGCAUGAGGGAUUCAACGAAGCCAGCAACAAAAUUAGGGCAGCAAUGCGGCAGAGGGGACAAUUAAGGAGGCGGAAGAGCGGGUUCUCGUCAGACGACGAUGCCAGUGAAGGAGCAUAAAAGUCAAGAGGGUUUUCUUUUGUUAGUUUUGGAUUAGGAGCCGAUCAUAAUUGCACGUAUUUCGACCACAGGCUUUUUCUCGUAAGGAGUUGGAGAUAUAAUGUAAUUGUACCAUAUACCCCGGCUUGUAUACAUGUAGACAGCCGUGACACAAUCUCAUAUUUGUUUGCAUGAGGGGGCGAUAUUCCGCAUAUGACUCAAGCCUGCGUGAGUGUUCUGCCAUGUAGAGCUGCAUGUAGUCCUAUGGAUACAUGGUAUACAUAACCAAAGCUUCCUUCAAUAUGAGGCACUCCUGGAUAGAAAAGACCAAUGGUAUUGAUUCUUGGCAGGGGUUAAAUGUUGAGGAAUCGGUUUACUCGGGUUGUGGCAUGAAUUAUAGGUUUGCCAUCUACAUAAUACAGUGCCAUUACUUUAGUAAGUACGGUAGGCACCUACAUAUUGAAACAGAACACACGAUCUACCUCGGAAAUACGAAGAAAAGGCCGAGUCUUUUCUCCGAGUGGACGUGCCCUUUUCUGCCCGAAUGGAAAUGACCCUGUCAGUUAAGGAAGAUA